AAUGCUGGCAGAUGCGCUACGCAUCGCAAUCCGGCGACGUUCAAACAUGCGGGCACAUUCCAUUUCCAUUCCACUACUCGUACUACCCCAAGCGCGAACGGCGUCCAAAACCGCGGAGCUGAUGCACGCGCGCGUCAUGCACCCCUUAACUCCACGGGCGCCGAGGCCACACGCGCGCACGGCACGCCUCCCUAUGUGGUCGCCUUUACGUCCACAGGCUCCAGCUCGCUAUAUAAACCCACACUGCCACCACGAGCUAGAUAGCCCAAGACCACAAGUGCGUGAACUCACACACCUCACAAUUAACGACUCGCAGAUUAAAGCUUGAUCAACACACCUCGUUCCCGAUCUUGAUUGGCUCGUGAAAUCCAUGGGCGGGCGCAAGAUGCGGGCGUCCAUGACGACGCUGCUGAUCCGCCUCGUGCUCACCGUCGCCCUCCUGGGCGGCGAGGCGGCGCGGCGGUGCGCGGCGUUCAACCCACGCGUGCUGUUCACGGUGAAGCCCGACCCGAUCGUGCUGCGGGACCACCGCGGCGCGCUGCUCACGGGGAACCACACCGUCAACCUGCUCUUCUACGGGCGCUUCACCGCAGCGCAACGCGCGAUCGUCGUCGACUUCGUCCGUUCCCUCUCGGACGCGAGCGCGCCUCGCCCGGAGCCGCCGGGGGCGCCACCGUCCGUGGCGGCGUGGUGGUGCACCAUCCGGCUCUACCGCGGCGGCGGCGCGCGGCUGCGGCUCGGCAGGCAGAUCAUCGACGAGCGCAUGUCGCUGGGCCGGGGCCCUCUCUCUCCGGGCAACGUCACGGCGCUGGCGCGGGCCGCGGGGCACCACCGGGGCGCCAUCACCGCGGUGCUCACGGCCGCCGACGUCCCCGUGGCGUCCUUCUGCGUGUCGCGCUGCGGCGCCCACGGCCACGACCGCGGCGGCGCGCACAGCAGGGCGCGGUACGCCUACCUGUGGGCGGGGAACCCGGCGCAGCAGUGCCCCGGCCAAUGCGCGUGGCCGUUCCACCUGCCGACGUACGGUCCCCGGACCCCGCCGCUGGUGCCGCCCAACGGCGACGUCGGCGUCGACGGCAUGGUCAUCAGCCUCGCCGCCCUCCUCGCCGGCACGGUCACCAACCCGUACGGGGACGGGUACUACCAGGGCGACGCCGGCGCUGGGCUGGAGGCUGCCACGGUGUGCGCCGGGAUCUUCGGGACCGGGUCCUACCCCGGCUACCCCGGGAAGCUGCUCACAGACCCGGCCACCGGCGCGAGCUACAACGCCGUCGGGCUAGGCGGGAGGAAGUACCUGCUCCCGGCAUUGUGGGAUCCAGCGACCUCCCAGUGCAAGACACUUGUCCAGACGUGACAGGGGUGAGGGGUGACGCCCGCGGACCGCGGUGCGGGGAGAAUGUCCAAUGCAAGGGAGCCUGCUGCAGAAGGGAGGAAAAAUAAAUGCCUCAUUUACUAUUUCCAUUCCUUAUUGACUGUACUUGUAGUCUGUCCUACCAGCAGAGAUUGUAUGAUGUAUUUGUAGGAUGUCUAUGUUAAUGGAAUUUGCACGACAUGCUUAAAUAUAUGGUCUUGAAACUAAAUCACAUGUAUCUAGAAUAUGAUUUAUCUAGAGACA